ACGAUGAAGUUAGUAGUGUGCUUGGUCUCAUUCGGUUUUUUCAUUAGUUUGGGCCUACUUUGCUUGUACUAUUAUGUGAGCACAACUGGUCCAUUACAAUCCGGAGAAGAAAAUGUCUUAUCGAAGGUAGAUAAUCAAAAGUUCACAGACCUGAAUCAUCGUUUAAAUACAACCAACAUAUCACCAACAUGUGUAUUUAAAAUUGGAAAUGAAACAGUCAACGAAACAGCGGACUUUUAUACUAAAGACAUAAAAAAUAUUGAUGAAAACAGAUGGAUACGUCUUAAGACAAAGAAACAAUUCAAAGAAAUAGAAAAAAAUGCAAAUGGAAGAUUGAUGGUCAUUGUAUUUUACUACAAAUGGUGCGAGUAUAAUAAACAAAUUACACCACAUUUAAAGAAUUUGGUUCAAAACUGUCCGAAUGUUAUUAUGAUUAAAGUUGACAUUGACAAAUUUGGUAAAUUGGCGAAACAGUUUGAAGUUGAUCACUCGCCGACAUUCGUCUUUUAUUUUAAAAAAAGUUGUCCGAUCGAAAAGCUUGAAGGAUCAGACUUAAAUCGAUUCAAUGAGACCUUCAAUCUACAACUGGCAUCAAGUAUUUGCCAAGGAAGAUGAUAGAUGAUACGAUUCAGUACAUGUGUAUGUCUAGUGCGACAAUUAGUCUAGUAUAAGUAUUCUUAAAGAGUCGAAUGAAUCAUAAAUACUGCUGUUACAUUACUUUUGUGUAUUCGCUAUCACUUUUUUGAUUAUUUCUAAGUUGUUUUUUCAAAUAAAAAUAAAAAAGUGCUAAAAAUGAAAUGAUAUUCUUUUUAACACCAUUAAAAACGGA